CAAACGGCGUAUGAACGGUGCAGAAUGUUUUGAUUUGAAUAGUUCCAUAAAAAACUCAAAAAAGCAACGAAACCCUUAAAAAAAUACGCAAUGGCCGGCGCAAUUUAUGUGGUGCUGUGCUGAGUCCGCGACAUGUGUGAUUACGCGCUAGUUUUGUGUCAAUAACAGUAUUAAUUUGUGAAUUCGUGUGUUAAAAUAUGGGAUAAUAUUUACUAGAUGUUGUUAUUAGUGGUUUAUGAUAGUAGGUUACUCGAUAGAUAUGUCUGCCGAUGAUAAAGACACGACAUGCCCUACCACGAGUGAAGAAACAUCUGAUAUUGUGAAAAAUAUAAACAAUAAAAAUUCCGAAGAAAAAUGUGAGAAGACGACUAAACCGCCACGAAAGGUCUCAUUUCCAAAGGAAGAACAAUUAGUGACUAAAUAUUUCGAACCUUUCAACCCUUGGGAAGAUGUUCCGUCGACGUCGAAGGCUCAACUGGCAGCGGAGUAUCUUGAAGCUUGUCGUGGUCAUGCCACGCCGCCCAUAGACUCCGUGUUGCAGCAGAUACGAGAGUUACCAGAGAAUGCGAUAGGAGGUGGGGCGCGUGCACCGCGGUUAACACUGUUGGAAUGCGUGUUGCGAGGCUGUGCCCCAGUCGAUGCGUUGGAAGCUUUGCUAAGGAAGGUUCAGUUCAGAAGAUUAGAGUUGGAUCAUGUGGAAAUUGAUGAUGAAGGAGCGGAGGCACUAUUUGAUAUGAUAGAAUACUACGAAAGUGCGACAGUGGUAUGUGUGAUGGGACCCCGUGAGUACGGUAUCAGAGGAUGGCAGGCAACUUCUAGAAUGAUAAAGAAGAGCGCGGAGUUAACAGAACUGGAGGUGACAGACGGUGGUUUAGAAGCAUCACACGCGACAGUUCUAGCGCGAUCACUCAGACCUGCGACAUGUCCGUUGAGGUCUUUGUGCUUGCAACGGACACAGUUGUCCGGUGAACCUUUGUUGUGUUUAGUGAUGGCUUUAAAGUCAAACAACUCAGUACGUGAACUCAGACUCGGUGAUAAUCGUCUGAGCGCUCAGGACGCGGCUCAGCUCGCAUCACUGCUUAGACUGAACACGCGGCUGCAGCUGUUAGAUCUAUCCAAUAAUCUGAUACAGGAUGCCGGUGUUGCUCAAAUAGCAGACGCGUUAGUAAAACAGUCUUCUUACACGCCUCCUUCUGCAGCAACUUCACCUCUCUCACCACAUCAUUGUCCAAGAUCAUCAUCAUCUCUAUGCGUGCUGAACGUGGGACGUAACGCACUGGGAUGUGAUGCUGUGCGUGUGCUGGCUGAGGGCGGGCUGGGCGCGCUGCUGUCCCUCGGUCUGCAGGCGGCACGACUAGGUCCAGACGCGGCGAGACCGCUCGCAGCCUUACUGGCUGCUGGUCAAUUACAGAGGCUGGAUUUACGUGACAACAAGUUGUGCAGUAGCAGCCUUCAAAUUAUAUUGAAUGCUAUGAAAGAUAACACCACCAUCACACAGAUAGAUCUUGAUGAUCCACCGGAGAGCAGCGUGUCCCGUUGCGAGGAAGCUGCGCUUGUGUUGAAUCUGAAUGGAGAGAUUCGCGCCGCGUGUCGCCGCAACGCGCCCGCACCUGAACGUCUGCAUCGCAAGAUCAGUCUCACGUGUCAUACUGCGUGCUUUGUCAGGAGUGGUGGUGUAGAAGAAGAGCGUCGUGCGAGUGGGCGACUUCGUUCUCCAGCGCCUUCGCCGGCGCCCUCGCCUGCAGGCAGCCCUGUACCUAACGCUGUGUCUAGAUUUUCUGUGACAAGGGUGACGCCCGACAGGGAUUCAUCAGACAGCUCCACCCCAUCGACCCCCACGAGACCGACGUACUGUCCUGCCCCGUCUAGAUUUAAAGUUGUUCAGGUCGUGGAACCACCUCAGAUCCAAAUACAUCCAGCGAGUCAAUCUAGAGGAGUUUCAAGGUUUUCUGUAACAAGAAACUACGAUAGUUCAUAUAAUCCCACCCCAUCGCCAAGUUCCACAGCAUCCCCGAGUCCUGAACCUUCCACGGCAACCCCAAGUCCAGAACCUCAUGCAUUGAUGAAGAUAAAUUCAGAACCAGCAAUAUAUAAAUCUGAUAUAAAUAGAAAAUUACCAGCGAAAUUUUCAAUGGAACCGUUAGUUGUAGGUAAAUUAACUAAUAUUAUAAAUAAAACUGAUAUAGAAUGGGGGGUAGACAGAAAUGUAGAUAUAAAUCAAACUAAUAAUCAACAGAUACCUGAUUGUGAUGGAUUUAAUAGAAUUGAAUCCGAUGAUUUUCAAAUAGAAAUAAAGAAAGAUGAAGGAACAAUAGCCACCAUUGAACCGUCAAUGACGGUAGAUCUCAAACACGAUACAUCGAAUAAUGAUGCUGAAUUUAUGACUGAUGAUAUAUCUAGUAUAAAAAUAUUAGAUCCAAAUGAAUCUGUAAUCAAUAGAGAUGUAAGUAAUGAUAAGAAACUUGAUGUUACAUCUCAUAGUGAGAUAAAUAAAGUAUUAAGUAACGAUUUAGUAAAGAUAACAGAUGUUGAAACAAUUAAAAAUAGCAUAGAAACGAGUGAUAAGAUAAUUGAAGAUGUUAAAGUGAAUUCUGAUGAUGAUAUUAAUAAAGAUAAAAAAGAUAUAGAAAAUCUAAAUAAAGAUAUAACGAAUCAUGUUAAAGUUAAAUAUGAUAGCAAACAGACAGAUGUACAAACUAAUGUACGUGAUGUGAUGUUGAAGAAAAAUAAAAGUGAAUCAAGUCUGGACAGUCCAGAUUUAGAAGUAUCCAGACUUAUGAAUAAAAGAGUGAGUGCUUUUUGUGAUAGCAGUUCAUCUUUAGAAGUAUCUGGCAGCUCGAUGGAAAGUUUGAAUGCAAUGGAUCAGACAUUAAUAGAGAGAGAUGUAAAAAAUAAUAUCGAAAAUAGUCUAGAAUCAAAUAUAACGACACCAGUUAAUAUUGGAUAUUUUAAUACGUCUUUAAGUUCAAACGAGAGUAUAUCACCGAUAAUAUUCGGCGGUAAAAAGAUUCAUGGAUCACUAUCCAGUUUGGAAGCGAGCAUAAGUUCAAUGGAUUCGAGACAUGAUCGCGUUAUGAUUACAUCAACGGAUUCAGGAAUUGAAUAUUCCAUUCAAAAUCCAUCUGGAAUUAAAGAUGAUGAAUCAAAUGAAGGAACUUUAACACAGAAUUCCAGUUUGAAAGAGAGCGUCAGAAAACCGGAGAUAUUCCAUGUUCACGAAACUCUGACAUCACCGAAAAGAACUUCGAGCCUUUUAGAUGUGCCAGCAUUGAAGAGUAAAGGAUUAGAUCGUAUGAGGAAAAUAUCCUGGGUGGCGCCGUCAUCCAGCUUUCAUAUACCAAGACCUGAGCCGGAGAAAAUUGAAAUCAAACUACCGUCACAUCUUGAGAAGCUGUUGAGCCUCUUCCAGCAUCCGAGUAGUAUUUUCUCCAGAAGUUCCUCGCAUAGUGAUGAUGAUAAGAAAUCAGCGUCAAAUACACCACCCAGGAAAGAUUCAUCUUUAACCAGCUCCUUCUGGUCCUGGGGAAGUUCAACUGAGAAGAAUGAUAAUGACAGUCUUUCUGAAGCGACAGAUUCUACUUUAUCUGAAAGAAUUCAAUUGACUUUUGUUGAUGAAUCAUUUUCAAAGAAACUCGACAGUAAAACACCUUCAACUGAUACGGAUAACACGUUAAGUGAAUUCCAAUCGUUUCCAAAUCAAUGUGAAAAUACUUUAGUUUUAGUUAACGAUACCACCGAUGAAUGUUUAGUACAAAAAAAUCUAGAUUUAAGUAUUAAAAAUGCAAAUUCAAAUGGAAAUAAACAUGAUUUUUGCGAUAAAGAUAUAAAUCCUAACGAUUUGAACGAAAAUUUAUACGAUGCUGAAUCAAAUGAGGAUAAAGAUAUGAAAAUAGAUAAAAUACAGAUAGAAACAAAGGAGAUUUUAAACGUUAAAUUAGAUGAUGUGAAACCGGAUGUAAUCAGACCUAGAUCAUUCGCUGCGGUGCUUAAACAAUCCGGUACGGAAAAUACAAUGGAAAAACCAAGUCCGGAUUCGGGGACGUCAGUUGAUAAAUUACCUAGUAAAAUUGUAAGAGGAAUCAAAGAGAAUAUCAGCCCUGAAAAUACAUUAACUUCAAGUAUGACGAAUAUUAAAGCAUUGGCUAUAGAAUUAACUGAGAAAGAGAAAAAAACAAUAUGGGAGACAAAUAAUGAAUUAGACGAGAUUAAGACUGAGUUAGCGCCAAUAGCUACUGUUGAAGAUUGUGAUGAAGUCACAGAUGUUCAUCUUGCGUAUAUAGAUGAUGACAGAUUAGAUGAUGAUACAGAUAUGAAAAAAUUAUCAGAAAAUGACACAAAAAUGACAAAUAUGGAAAUCGUAGAUGUUGGUAAAGAUGCACUGUCGUAUUUAAUAUAUGAAAAUCAAGAAUACGAACAUACAGACAUAAAGGAGGAUGUAAAACAAAGUUCUCUAGCACAGGAACUUAUUGAUGCUGAUAUCAAAGAGAAAUUAAUAGAUUUAUCACCUGAAUUAGUAAUAGACGAAGCUGUAGAGGCACCUGUGUUUAUGCAAACAGCGCUAAAAAGUUCGCCAGUGAUCCCUGAGAGGGCUAAAAUAAAGAGAUCUAACUCAUUGGAAAAUCUAUCGCAAAGAUUAGCAGAAAUAGAUAAAGAUGUAACUAAAGCUAAGACAAUAGCGUUUAAAGUGCCAGAGACAAAACCGCGUGAUAUACCAGAUAGGCGAUUGAAAUUUCGCACCAGAACCGGUUCAAGUCCUAAAUCUUUACCUGAAAGUUUAAAUAAACCUUGCCCUUUGAGUAAAAUGGAUUCAGGUGUUGUUAAAAAAAAGAAAAAGACCUCAUGCUUAGGAAGAAUGGCUAGAGAUUCCUUGUUGGCCUUAAAUAUGUCCGAAGAAGAAACGGCCGAAUUCAGAUCGUAUAAAUUGACUUCGGUUGAAAGUUUGAAAUCCUUAGAGUCGGUUUCUGAAGACGCUAAUUCACAAAGCGGUACAUCAGUCGACUCCAGAUGUAAAUCAUGUUUGAGGACAUCUCAAGAAAGUUUGAUGUCUUUGGAUUCUAUUAAUGAGGAUUGUCGUUGUUACGAAAAUGAGAAAAAGGGGCAAACGAACAGAUAAAGUUAUAAAA